AACAGGAAAAAUACACACGCACAGCUCCUUCCUAGAAUUCCUUUUUUUUUUUAAAUUCAUCUCGCGCGUGUCCCUCACUCGCUAUCCCCUUCGAAUUUCUAUUUUCUAAUUUGAUUGGAAUAAAAAUUUUAGCGAUUAUCUUCUUCCACUCGAUCCCCAUUCCGACUUUAAAUCUUCUUUUUAAGUUGAAGAAGAUAACACUGAAGCCUCCUGAAUGAUUCGUUUUACUCCUGAAAAGAAUGCAAUCUCAGUAACACUUCUGGCCUUUGCAUUGUGAAUUUUCUAAUGCGUGGAAGGGUCUUUCUUGUUUCCGGUGACUGCCCUUCCAUUUAGUCCACGUGGUGAUAUGGCUCUCCAGAAAUAUGUUCCCUCCAGUGAUUCUCCUCCUGUUAAGAUGAAGCCUUUGCGUUUUUCCACUAAGGUGCAAGCUCAAAUUGCAAAUGCAGAGACAAAUGAUUCUGAGAAGCGGGAUGCAGAUGUUGACCUCAGAGAAGUUUACUUUUUGAUUAUGCAUUUCCUUUCAGUUAGCCCUUGUAAAAGAACGUAUGGGCAGCUUUGGAAUGAACUGCUUGAAAACCAGCUUCUACCUAGAAGGUAUCAUGCUUGGUAUUCAAGGGCAGGGGAACAUAGCGGACAAGAAAAUGAUGAUGGCAUGUCAUUUCCUUUGAGUUAUGCGCAGUUGGUGCAGAGGAAUCCUCACAUUGAAACAGAUCACUUGAUAAAGCUUUUGAAGCGGUUGUUAUUAACUGCACCUUCCCAAUCUGAAGGCAAAAGUGCGAGACACAUUCCAAAUGCCGCUGAUGUUCCCACUCUUUUAGGAACAGGCUCCUUUUCUCUUUUGAGCUAUGAUGGCAACAAAGGAAAAAGUGAAGCCAAACAUCCUCCUGUUCAUAUGCGCUGGCCUCAUAUGCAUGCAGAUCAGGUUCGUGGGCUGAGUUUAAGGGAAAUUGGGGGUGGUUUCACAAGACAUCAUCGGGCACCAUCUAUUCGUGCAGCAUGUUAUGCCAUUGCAAAACCAUCAACUAUGGUGCAGAAGAUGCAAAAUAUCAAGAGGUUGCGAGGACACCGGAAUGCUGUCUAUUGUGCAAUAUUUGAUCGAUCUGGGAGGUAUGUAAUUACUGGUUCUGAUGACCGUCUUGUGAAAAUUUGGUCUAUGGAGACUGCAUAUUGCUUGGCUAGCUGCCGCGGACAUGAGGGUGACAUAACUGACCUGGCUGUCAGUUCCAAUAAUUUUAUGGUGGCGUCCGCUUCAAAUGACUGCAUUAUUCGUGUUUGGCACUUGCCAGAUGGACAACCAAUUUCAGUUCUUAGAGGACAUACUGGAGCUGUUACUGCCAUUGCUUUUAGUCCUAGGCCAGGCUCUGUAUAUCAGCUUCUAUCGUCAUCUGAUGAUGGAACUUGUAGGAUAUGGGAUGCUAGGAAUGCUGAAAUCCGUCCCCGGAUAUAUUUUCCAAAGCCUUCAGAUUCUUUAGCUGGAAAGAACAACUGUUCAUCUUCGACUUCUAUACAACAGAGCCAUCAAAUUUUUUGUUGUGCUUUCAAUGCUAAUGGAACUGUCUUUGUCACCGGUAGCUCGGACACUUUAGCUAGGGUAUGGAUUGCUUCUAAACCAAAUGCAGAUGAUUCUGACCAACCAAUUCGUGAGAUUGAUGUGUUAGCUGGACAUGAGAAUGAUGUAAAUUAUGUGCAAUUCAGUGGUUGUUCUGUUUCAUCAAGAUAUUCUACAGCAGACUGCUUGAAAGAAGAGAGUGUUCCAAAAUUUAGAAACUCCUGGUUUUCUCAAGAUAACAUUGUUACCUGCUCCCGUGAUGGCAGUGCAAUUAUUUGGAUUCCAAGAUCUCGAAGAUCACAUGGUAAAGUGGGUCGCUGGUGUAAACAUUAUCAUCUUAAAGUUCCACCCCCACCAUUGCCUCCACAACCACCAAGAGGGGGUCCACGCCAGAGAAUUCUUCCAACUCCUCGUGGUGUAAAUAUGAUAAUCUGGAGCCUAGAUAACCGCUUUGUCCUUGCUGCCAUCAUGGAUUGCAGAAUAUGUGUAUGGAAUGCUGCUGAUGGUAGCUUGGUACAUUCUUUGUCUGGUCAUACUGAUUCUACAUAUGUUUUGGAUGUUCAUCCUUUCAACCCACGGAUAGCAAUGAGUGCGGGCUAUGAUGGAAGAACCAUUGUCUGGGAUAUAUGGGAAGGCACACCAAUUCGAAUAUAUGAAAUCGCUCGUUUCAAGUUGGUUGAUGGAAAGUUUUCAUCGGAUGGGACAUCCAUUAUACUUUCAGAUGAUGUUGGUCAAUUAUACAUACUAAAUACAGGCCAAGGUGAAUCUCAGAAGGAUGCCAAAUAUGAUCAGUUCUUUCUGGGUGAUUAUCGACCACUUAUACAUGACACCUCUGGGAAUUCACUUGAUCUGGAAACUCAGCUUACUACGUAUAUGCGGAAUAUGCAAGAUCUUCUUUGUGACUCAGGGAUGAUACCAUACACAGAACCCUAUCAGACCAUGUACCAGAAAAGACGAUUGGGUGCUUUAGGUUUGGAGUGGAAACCUUGUGCUUUGAACCUUUCUGUGGGACCAAACUUCACUCUAGACCAGGAUUACCAAAUCCCACCCUUAGCAGACUUAGAUGCAAUUGCUGCUCCGCUGCCAGUAUUCUUAGAUGUCAUGGAUUGGGAACCAGAAAUUGAAGUGCAAAGUGAUGAUAAUGAUUCAGAGUAUAAUGUCAUUGAGGAGCACUCUACAGGAGGGGAGCAAGGAAGUUUAGGUUCUCUCUCUGGUGAUUCUGAGUGCAGUACAGAAGACAGUGAGAUUGAUGAUACUCAUAAAGAUGCCCUUCGCCGAUCAAAAAGGAAAAAACUGAAGGCUGAAAUUGAGUUUAUGACAUCUUCUGGUAGGCGUGUUAAAAGAAGGAAUUUGGAUGAAUGCGAUGGCAACUCCUUCAGUAAUGGCCCUAUUAGGAAAUCAAGAAAUGGAAGGAAAGCUUUACGGAGAAAGUCUUCUACAUCAAAAACUUCUUCAAAAUCAUCGAGACCUCGAAGAGCUGCUGCACGCAAUGCUUUACACUUCUUUUCUAAAAUAACUGGAACAUCAACUGAUGUUGAAGAAUAUGAUUCUGAAGGUGACUCAUCUGAGAGUGAAUCUAUGAUACAAGAUUCUUACGUUGAGAGUGAUGAAUCUGAUGGAGAUUUGCCAAAUGGACAAAUCAAACUUUCAAAAGGAAAAGAAGUUUUCUUUGGUGAGUCUGAGGAUGUUGCUAAAACCAAUGCACUUCCUGAAUCUCAUAAUGCUGCUGGGAAUAGGAGAAGAUUGGUCCUUAAAUUUCCUGCGCGGAAUCCAAACAAACUUGUACUACCUGAAAGCACAAUGGAAAGAAAAGUUGACAUACAGGAAAAUUCAAUAGGUCUGACGUGGAAAGCUUCUGAAGAAGCUACUGAAGGUGGUGUAAAACAUAUAAGCUCGCCAAAUAUGGGGUGUUCUUCUGUUGAUGCUAAAAAUAUCAUGAUUGGUAGAGUAAGUGGGCAAUCAGACAAGGUUGAAGAUAAAGAUGGGGGACAUGUGGCAAUUAAGUGGGGAGUAGUUAAGGCUCGUACUUCCAAACGUCUGAAAUUUGGUGAACCUGUGUCAUCGGAUGCAUAUACUGGAUCUACGCGAUGGCUUUGUGACCAUAAAGAAAAAGAAAAUGUUGCCAAUGGAUAUGUAGAACCAGAAAAGGCUGGUGCUACUGUAUCCCUGUGUACAGAUAUCAAAAUUUGCAAGGACGAUAUGAAUGGUAAGGUGACAAUGUCGGAGAAGAACCUUGGGAGUGAAGUGGAACUUCGGGAUGAUCCAACUCACGCUGAGGACCAUUCAGGUCCUAGUGAACAUAUAAAAUAUCCUGAUUCACCAAAAUGGGUUAACGGAUCUUCCGAGGAUAUGCAUACCCUAACUUCUCAUCUGAAUGGACAGCUUUCUGAGGUAAAAGAGGGCCAUAUGCCUAUUUCAACUAAGUUAAGAUUUUUGUCAAAAAGUACAACUAUUGACAAUGAAAAUCCUGGGUUGAAACUGAAACUAUCAAGAGGUCAUGCGAAUGGUGGAAAUGCCACUUUAAUUGAUAGCUCCUCAGAGAGGGCAAAGGACAUGGUUUCAGAGGUACCCUUAGUUGAUAGAUUCAAUGAUAUCUGUUCAGAUAAUGAACGUGAUGGGUUUAAAGAAUCAGAUGCCCAAGUUGAUAGAAUUCCCAUAUCAACUCCUCUUGAUUUGGUGGGGUUACAACCAGAUUCAAAAAAGAUGUAUAAUGUUGUUUAUCGAAGAUCAAAGACACAGAGAGAUAGGUCCAACUCAGAAAAUGCUGAUGCCAUGGUAGAAAGCACUAAAAUUGAAUCCAGCCUUGAUAGAAGUAUGGUAGGGGACCUCCAUGAGGGUUCAACAAAUGGGGCUCCUAUUAAACGGUCCUGCAGGUUGAAAGGGCAUGAAAUUCAAUCAGAAGAUGUACAUAGAAGCACCUGGGGUAGUUCUACAAAUGGAUCUCAACUUCCGAGUGAGGAAUGGGGAUCAAGUUCAAGGAUGGCAGUUGGAUCGAGGUCUACUAGAAAUAGGAGAAGAAAUACCUAUUUCAAUGACCCUAGUCCAAUACGGAAACCCAGUCAAUCAGCCAGAAAAGGGUCAUGGUUAAUGUUGACAACACAUGAGGAAGGGUCUCGCUAUAUUCCCCAACUAGGUGAUGAAAUUGUAUACUUGAGACAGGGACAUCAAGAAUAUGCAGCUCAUAUUGGCUUGAAGGAAGCAGGACCUUGGACUUCAUCUAAAGGAGGGAGCUUGUUAAGGGCAGUGGAAUUUUGUAGAGUUGAAGGGCUUGAAUAUUCUACGUCUCCGGGGUCUGGGGAUAGUCGCUGUAAAAUGACGCUCAAAUUUACAGACCCUUCUUCCAGCAUGUUCGACAGAUCAUUUAACUUGACUUUACUGGAUAUGACUAGUUUCCCCGACUUCAUUGUAGAAAGAACUCGCUUUGAUGCUGCUAUGAAUAGGGAAUGGGGCACCAGGGCUAAGUGCAAAGUCUGGUGGAAAGAUGACAGCGGAGAUGGUGGAAGCUGGUGGGAUGGUCGGAUUGUGACUGUGAAUCCCAAAUCUUGUGAAUUUCCUGACAGUCCUUGGGAAAGCUUAACUGUUCGGUACAAGAGCGAGCCCAAGAAUCCACAACUUCACAGUCCAUGGGAACUCUUUGAUGCUGAUUUGCAGUGGGAGCAGCCUCAUAUUGAUAGUAAGAUCAGAAACAAUCUACUUUCCACCUUUGCCAGAUUGGAGAAAUCUUCACGCGAAGCUCAGGAUCAAUACGCAGUAAAUAAGUUGAAGCAAGUUUCACAGAAGUCUAAUUUUACAAACAGGUACCCUGUGCCAUUAUCGAUCGAUGUUAUUCAGUGUAGGUUGGAGAACAACUAUUAUCGAACCUUGGAAGCAGUGCAGCACGAUAUUCAGGUCAUGUUGUCGAACGCAGAAUCUUACUUUGGGAGAAACAAAGAGCUCUUAUCUAAACUCAAACGCCUGUCCGAGUUCUUUUCGCGGACAUUUUCAUCUUUGCAACCUUCAUAGA